CAUUGAAGCGGUGGCAAAUCGUGAACGCGCACAUUUAAAGAGCGCGCACGGUGUGUGGCCGUAAAUACGUCAGAGGAGCGCGCCCUCGUUCUUUCUUUCUCUCUUCCUGAAGAUGGCGGCAGGGACUCUGUACACAUACCCAGAGAACUGGCGGGCCUUCAAGGCCCAGAUUGCAGCCCAGUACAGUGGUGCUCGCCUCAAAGUGGCCACCAGCUCCCCUGCCUUCACCUUCGGGCAGACGAACCGUACUCCAGCCUUCCUUAACAACUUCCCUCUGGGAAAGGUACCUGCCUACCAGGGAGAUGACGGCUUCUGUCUGUUUGAGAGUAAUGCCAUUGCUCACUACUUGAGCAAUGAAGUCCUUCGUGGUGCCACCCCCCAGGCCGCCGCCCAGGUGCUGCAAUGGGUGAGCUUUGCUGACUCAGAGAUCAUCCCUCCAGCCAGCGCAUGGGUCUUCCCCACCCUGGGAAUCAUGCAGUUCAACAAGCAGGCCACAGAACAGGCCAAAGAAGAUGUGAAGAAGGUCCUUACAGUGCUGAACCAGCACCUCAACACCCGCACCUUCUUGGUGGGGGAGAGAAUCAGCCUAGCAGACAUCAGCGUGGCUUGCUCCAUGCUCUGGCUUUACAAACAGGUUCUUGAGCCUUCCUUCCGUCAGCCUUACUCAAACGUGACUCGCUGGUUCUCCACCUGUGUAAACCAGCAGCAGUUCAAGGCUGUCCUCGGAGAGGUGAAGCUGUGUGAAAAGAUGGCACAGUUUGAUGCCAAGAAGUUUGCUGAGAUGCAGCCCAAGAAAGAGGCCCCUGCAAAGAAAGAGAAGGGAGGAAAAGAGGCAGCCAAACCCCAGGAGAAGAAGGAAAAGAAGAAGGAAGAGAAGAAGCCCGCCCCUGAAGAGGAGAUGGAUGACUGCGAUGCUGCUUUGGCUGCAGAGCCAAAAGCCAAGGACCCCUUUGCACACCUAUCAAAGAGCCCAUUUGUCAUGGAUGAGUUCAAAAGAAAGUACUCCAACGAGGACACCCUGAAAGUAGCCAUUCCCCACUUCUGGGAGAACUUUGACAGUGAGGGGUACUCCGUCUGGUACAGCCAGUACAAAUACCCCGAAGAACUCACCCUCACCUUCAAGAGUUGCAACCUUAUUACAGGCAUGUUCCAGCGCCUGGACAAACUCAGAAAGAAUGCCUUCGCCAGUGUCAUCUUGUUCGGCACCAAUAACGACAGCAUCAUCUCUGGCAUCUGGAUCUUCAGGGGUCAAGAUCUGGCCUUCACUCUGUCUCCGGACUGGCAAAUCGACUACGAAUCAUACGACUGGCGCAAGCUGGAUCCAAACAGCGAGGAGUGCAAGACCAUGGUGAAAGAGUACUUUGCCUGGGAGGGAGACUUCAAGCAUGUGGGUAAAAGUUUCAACCAGGGCAAGAUCUUCAAGUGAGAGGACACUGGGAGGGAGCGCGAAAACUCUGUGCUUCAGCUUUCCAGCACUUAAACUUACAGACUUUCAGCCAUCAUGUGCUUACCUUACCGCAACAAUGACUCAGACUGACAGUGUUUGAACAUGAGAUUUGUGUCAGUGGCCCCCAAGUGGUUUUUUGUUUGUUUGACCUGCGAAAUAAAGCAUUUUCCACAAUGCCAACGAUAAAAAUGUGA